CACUCGCAGCAGCAGUAGCCAUUGCCAUCCGUGUGGCGAAUUUGUUUAUUGCUGCGCAGCGGCCGUGCUUGCGGCAAAAUUUUGAGACGCGGCACUGCAGUUAGCGGAGUGUUUCGUGAGACAAAAAAUUUUGAUUCCAUGUGGCCGUCCCACGAGCGUCGACGGUGCCGUUCCUUCCGAUUAGCUAAGUUCUAACGAAGCCUUUGUGCGCUCGUCGCUUACUGGUUCUGCGCUGACCAACCAAGUGGCUGUCGCUUCCCAGGAUGGAAAACGGCGAUAACGAUGGUGGCAACAUUACCGACUCAUUCCUCUCCGAGAGUGGCCAGUACAUAGUACAUGCAGAAGGCUCCCUGUCUGGCACGGAGGGUGAGGACGGUCUUGGAAUUGCUGGUGAUGGCUCUGACGAAGGUGACAGUCAGAAAGACACUGAACCUUUACGGGAACAGGAUCGCUUUCUCCCUAUUGCUAACGUCGCUCGAAUAAUGAAGAAUGCCAUUCCUAAAAGCGGAAAGAUUGCCAAAGAUGCGAAGGAGUGUGUACAAGAAUGUGUUUCCGAGUUUGUCAGUUUCAUCACCAGCGAAGCCAGCGACCGUUGCCACCAAGAGAAGAGGAAAACCAUAAACGGAGAAGACAUCCUCUUCGCCAUGUCAACCCUGGGAUUUGACAACUACAUCGAACCGCUGAAGCUCUACCUACAGAAGUAUCGCGAGGUGGCCAUGAAAGGGGAGAAGAACCUCGGAACUGCGUCUGCAUCUGAAACCUCGCUCGAGGAGCUCGCGGACGACACAUUCCCCAACAUUCUUGCCCAGGAGCCUACGACACAACAGAAUGUCAUUUUCACAACCUUUCCCGGAAACCAGGACCUUACUUUCUGAGCUGCAGCCUAUCCUGGUGAUCAUCUGCAGGGUCAUGUUCAACGCACACUUCCCAUUUUGUAAAUAGUGUUAUAAAGGAA